AUGUUUGAGCUACGAGAACAUGGAUUAAAAGUCUCACGUCGGAAAGGAUUUACAUUAAAUUGUAUGAGUAUUGGAAAUGGUGUUGUCGUCAUGGGAUCUCAGGAAGGAAUGUUACUUCGUUGUACAACGGAAGCUACUGAUAGUAGCAGUAAUAAUGGAUCCGUGGAAGAAAUUAUGAUUGAACCACGUGUUGCCAUGGCAGAUGUCGCAAUUGAUCCCACAGGAGCUCAUGUGCUCAUUUCGAUGGAAAAUGGAUUCAAUUUUUAUUUACAUACUGGAUCAACUCGUCCACGAAAGAUCAUGAAAGCUCAGGGUUUACAAUUUACAAGUAUUGCAUGGGAUCGUCAAUCGAGUUCACCGGAAACUUCCGAGUCUGUGCUAAUUGGAACGGAUUCAGGAGCAGUCUAUGAAGCUGAAUUUGAAGCAGGAAAAGAAAAGUUGUUUAAGAAAGUCUAUCAGAUUGCCAACCAAGGACCUAUUGCUGGUAUUGCGUUUGAACACUGGAAAGUACCAUCGGGCGAGGUGAGAUAUUUUGUCAUGCUUACGACGUCAGCGUCGGGAAAAAGACCGACGCGAAUGUUUCAGUUUAUUGGCGGAGGACCAGGUGGACUGGAAGCCAUGUUUACAGAGUACAGUAGUCCAGAUAAAUUGCGGUUUCAGGAAUUACCGGGAGACGUUUACACGGCGGAUCUACGAUUCUAUGCGAAACAAGAGCGUGAACGUGCAAAGGGAUUUGGUGUACUUACAGGUGAAGGGGUCUAUCAUGGAGAGUUUGUCUUUGGUCUGUCGAGUACGGUGGAGAAUGUGACGACAGGCACGGGGCUACUGGCAUACCCGAAUAAACCUAUAAAGUCUUCAGGCACUCGCGGAUCAUGGACACCACCAAUUUCAAUGGCAGUGACACAGUACCACGUAAUUCUCUUGUUCGCACGUCAUGUUCAGGUAGUGUCGAAGCUAAAUGGCGUAGUUGUAAUGGAGGAAUCGUUUGACUCGCGAGUCGGGAAUGUGCGCGGCAUCACUGUGGAUGACACAUUUGGUACCGUGUGGGUUUACUCGAACCGUCGUAUUCUAGAGGUGGUCAUUGCAGACGAGGACCGUAAUGUGUGGAAGCUGUUUCUUAGCAAGGCUGUGGCAGGCAACGGUGACGAUCGCGAUUUUGAACAGGCGUUGGGUGUUUGUCGCAACGGAUGGGAACGUCAGCGCGUGCUGACAGCACAGGCAGACAAACUUUUUGAUAAGGGAGAGUUUGAUCGUGCCGCAGUUAUCUACGCCAAGACGACGCGUUCGUUCGAAGAAGUAGCGCUGAAGUUUCUUGAAAAGGAGACUCGCGACUCGCUGCUUCUUUUUUUGUUACAGAAGCUGAAAAGUUUGGGAAGUGAGGAGAAGACACAAAAGACUGUGCUUUGCUCGUGGAUUGUUGAACUGUUUUUGGAUAAGUUUAAUGUGCUGAAGGGCAGUGCCCAGGAUGUCGAUGCGCACGCUAAUUUGUUGUUCGAGUUUAAGCAGUUUCUGCAAGAUCAAAAGAGUCAUCUUGACCCAGCCACGACGUUCAAUCUGAUCUCUAGUCAUGGUCGACCUGAUGAGCUUGUGUUUUACGCAACUCUUAUUGAAGAUUACGAAAAAGUUAUUACUUACCAUGUGGAUCGUGGUGAGUAUGGAGCUGCAAUUGAGUUGCUUCGCAGUGUGGAAACAUCCAAGGUGGAAGAGCUCUGGUACAAGUAUUCUCCUGAACUGAUCAUCCACAAGCCGAAGCAGGUGUACGAAGCAUGGCUAGAGGCUGCCACAUUGAACCCAACCCGUCUCAUUCCGUCGAUUGUACGUCAUGUGCACCAGAAGAGUGGUGCGAGUGGAGACGUGGCUAGUAAUACGACGAAAAGCCGUUCGGUAUUGGAUAUGGCCAUUCGGUUUUUGAAAUUUGCUAUCAAGCAAGGUAAUCGCGAUCCAACAAUCCAUAAUUACAUGUUGUUUCUGUUGGCCAAGCACCCUGAUGAGCGUUUACUCAUCAGCUUUUUGCGCAAGAAACACAAUGGUAGGCACCUGUUUGACAUUGCAUUUGCGCUACGGCUUUGCACACAGAAUGAGAAGAAUCGCGCCUGUAUUUACAUCUACUCGGCGAUGGGGCUAUAUCAGGACGCCGUGGAGAAGGCACUCCAAGUAGAUGUCAAGAUUGCUAAAGAAAUGGCAGGCAUGCCUGAGGAUGAUGAGACUCGCAAAAAGUUGUGGACGCUGAUUGCCAAGCAUACGAUUGAUGCAGGUGGUGAGAUCAAGGAUGCCAUGAAUAUCCUAAAGGAGAGUGAUCUAUUGAAGAUUGAGGACAUCCUUCCUUUCUUCCCUGACUUUGUCCUGAUUAACGACUUUAAGAAGGAGAUUUGCGAAUCGCUUGAGGUCUACAAUGACCGUAUUGAACAGCUGAAGGAAGAGAUGCAGGACUAUACACAGUCGGCCGAGCUGAUCCGUGCUGACAUGCAGAAGCUGCGCAAACGUUGUGCUGUCGUUUCUGGCAACCAGCGCUGUGAGCUUACGGGCCAAAAUAUUUUGGGUAAGGAAUUCUACCUCUUUCCGUGCUCGCACGCUUUCCACGCUGGUGCACUACGUCAGGAGAUGCAAAAACAUCUCAACAGUUUUCAGCGACAAACUGUCAAGCAGCUUAUCCAGAAACUGAAUGAGCUUUCCACGGAAAUGCCCGCAACCACGAAAUUUUUCCAGCGACCGCUUUCAGCUUUUCUGUUCCUGAACUUGUCUUCGAGCGAGAAGGAAGUGAUGACACCUGGUAACGAGGGAGUUAGUGCUGCAGCGACGGCAAAGGCGAAAAAGGAAGCAAAAGAGCAGUCCAUUGCUCAGGAGCGUGAGAUGGUGCAGCAAAAGCUAGACGAGAUCAUUGCAUCCGAGUGUAUUUUCUGUGGUGAGGUUAUGAUCAAAUCCAUUCACGCACCUUUCAUUACGCCGGAGGAUGACGCAAACGAAGGUAGCGAGUGGGCCAUCUGA